ACCGGCGAGCACAGGAGCGCGCGAGCGACUCGCCCGGUGCACGUUACUGGCUCCACGGCUGAGACCCUCCCAGGCGCAGCUCGGCUCUAUCUGUCAACGUCGGAUCUCGUCCUCCGGGCAACAUGCGAGAAGUGAUCAGCAUUCACAUCGGCCAGGCGGGCGUGCAGAUGGGCAACGCCUGCUGGGAGCUCUACUGUCUCGAGCACGGUAUCACGCCCGACGGCCAGAUGCCCUCCGACGCCACGCCCGACACGGCGGACGAAAGCUUCAACACCUUCUUCGCCGAGACGGGGGCCGGCAAGCACGUGCCUCGCGCCGUGUUUGUGGACCUGGAGCCGACCGUGGUGGACGAGGUGCGCACGGGCACCUACCGCCAGCUGUUCCGGCCCUCGCAGCUGCAGUCGGGCAAGGAGGACGCGGCCAACAACUACGCGCGUGGCCACUACACCAUUGGCCGCGAGAUGAUCGAUGCUACUAUCGACUCGAUCAGGAAGAUGGCCAACGAGAGCUCUGGCCUGCAGGGCUUCCUGGUGUUUCACUCGUUCGGCGGCGGCACCGGCUCCGGCUUCACCUCGCUGCUGAUGGAGCGCCUCUCCAUCGACUACGGCAAGCUGUCCAAGCUAUGCUUCUCCAUCUACCCGGCGCCGCAGGUGGCCACGGCCGUGGUGGAGCCUUACAACUCGAUCCUCUUCACGCACACCACGCUUGAUCACAUCGACGUCGAGUUCAUGGUCGACAACGAGGCUAUCUACCAUCUGUCGCAGCAGCACCUGGACAUUGAGCGGCCGACCUACACCAACCUGAACCGGCUGAUCGGCCAGAUCGUCUCAUCCAUCACCGCCUCGCUCCGCUUCGACGGCGCACUUAACGUCGACCUGAACGAGUUCCAGACCAACCUGGUGCCUUACCCGCGCAUUCACUUCCCGCUGGUCACCUACGCGCCGGUCAUCUCUGCCGAGAAGGCGCAGCACGAGACCAUGUCCGUAGCGCAGAUCACGGACGCCUGCUUCGAGCCGGCCAACCAGAUGGUCAAGUGCGACCCGCGCAACGGCAAGUACAUGGCCUGCUGCCUUCUGUACCGCGGCGACGUCGUGCCCAAGGACGUCAACGCCUCCAUCGCUGCCGUCAAGGCCAAGCGCACCAUCCAGUUCGUCGACUGGUGUCCGACCGGCUUCAAGGUGGGCAUUAAUUAUCAGCCUCCGACGGUGGUGCCCGGCGGGGACCUGGCCAAGGUGCGACGUGCCGUCUGCAUGCUCUCCAACACCACCGCCAUCAAGGACGCCUGGGCUCGACUCGACCACAAGUUUGACCUCAUGUACAACAAGCGUGCCUUCGUACACUGGUACGUGAGCGAGGGCAUGGAGGAGGGCGAGUUCUCCGAGGGACGCGAGGACAUCGCAGCCUUGGAGAAGGACUACGAGGAGGUGCAGUCGAGCUCCACCGAGGACUACGACGACAACGAGUACUAGAGGCUGCCGCCAUCCGCCGUCUGUCGCAGGCGCGUCAGCGCGUCGCAUCACGGAAGACACGGAUGCACGAGGCUCAAGAGAACCAAAACGGCACCAACCGGUCCUGAACCCGUACAAGGCGGAACGGUUUGCGCCGGUCACAGUGCUCAUAAGUUACAGCGAGAAGCUAUAGCUCGGCGGCGGUCGUGUGUGUGGCGGCGCUGUGCAAACAAAAUGGAAAAAGGGCUCAAGGAUGGAAUGCAGGUUUUGGCUUAGCGGCCGUUCUGAUAUUCUAUGCUUGACGUGGAAGGCAAAAACAAAACAAAAAACAAAAAGUUAUGAUUUCCAGUGUCUUGAUGACUCAGUUUGUGCUAGCUUUUCUGUGAUACUGCUAAAUGCCACUUGGAGCUCAGUGAGGACAGAACAGCUUUCGGAGAUGUGUAAAUGCGUGCUUGUUAGACGCGAAGCUCAUUUUGAUCGUGGCUUAGUACUUCAAAUAUCACUCUGCAUACGCCAAGCACUACUCAUGAACAGAACGCGACAACCACUAACCCUGUCAUGCUCGUGUUUGAACAUGGUUGGUAGGUAGGAUAGGACGCUUGUGGGCAGUCGUAGACAAGGCUCUAGUCAUUUCUAGUCUGACUUGUCGAUGACCUCCGGUUUUGUAUCUCUUGGAGGGCCAUUGGGCAGCUAGAGGGCUGUGCACGAGUAUGGAGGUUUAACUGACUGCAAAACGGUGCUUAGCGUCGUGCGAUGUGAUCAGGGGCAUGCGAUGAAAGGCACCGUGCACCCUUGUCUAACCUGUUUGACAAUGGUUGCGUUUAAUUCACAUUUUUUCCAGCGGUAGCAAAACGCUUAAGGGUCUAGUAUCCGUCAGCAUAGAUAUGGUAGGUCACUUGUGACUAGAAGGGAAACGAACUUGGCAGGUUAUGUGAGGCUUCUUAUUGCUUAUGUUUUUUCUCCCUUUCAUUUAGCAAGUGGGAUUGAUGUAGUUUUGCGUUUGCAUUGUUUAAUUUUACUGUAAUGUUUUGUCCUACGUGAUCAAAUAUAUCAUUUAAAGGGAGUGUUGCACAUUUGUAUGCAGUUUUGAACUGAAAUGGCCAUCUUAUAGAUCACUGGGUGCAGUUCAGAGCCCUGCCAUUCGUAGGACCUAAACCCCCUCUAGUCUCUGAGCUACACGCCUGCGAAGAUGUGCAAAAUAUUUCGCGGAUACUAUUUCAAGGUCAUCUAGGCGUCCGUGACGUCAUAAUGACGUCAUUCAUAUAAUUCCAUUCUUUUAGCCGAGCGGCGAUCUAAGGACAAGAAAAAUGUAAUUGUCGAAUUGCUCAUGUCUGGCAUUCUUGAGCACGAUCUCCAGAUAUAACGGCCUUCAAUUGGUUCUCUGUGUUGUGCAAGGCACGAUGACGCAAACAAUGACGUAUUGAGGAGCAUAUUUACUAAAGGGAAGAGCUGGGUUGUUGAGAACAGUCUGUUCCACUUUUAAGUAUAUCAAAUGUUAGAAGUGAACUUAUUUCAUCAUAUUUUAUGUUUGCUUGAAUAUCUUUAAAGGAAGUGUGUUUAGUUAA